AUGGAGAGCCUGGAGCGUCUUCAAGGGCUUCACGCCGACUUGGUAGCCUUCACUGAGGGGCGGCUGGCCAACAUCGAUCGACUGGUACAGGAACUCCAAGGCACCGUGUCUGAUUUCAGGAAACUCUUGGACAAGCCUACGCCCUCGGCCGACGAUCGCGAAAGGUAUAACAGCGGCAAGAUUCAAAUCGAUCAGCAGGAAUUUGGUAUCAAUGACGAAUUCAAGCACAUCAGCCGGGCCGUUGGCACCACUCUUGAUCUGGAUGAGAUUGAGGCUGGUCGACUCCUGAUUCAAAACCACGGAGGUUCCAUCACAAACAGCCAAUCGUUCGUUGCGCUCUCAGUAAGCGCAUUCCAUAACCGGCGCGAUCUCCUCCUUCAGUCCUUGCGCAUUACCUUUGAACAAUCCCUUGUUGAAGAACUCGACCAGGAUUACAAAAAUGCAUUGGCAAAUGUUAUUGCGGACGUCCUAGAUAUUCAGUCCGGCGUUGUGGCAAAUGGCUCAUUAUUUACGAGAAAGUGCAUUGACACCUUGGGAGACAUUGAGAGUUUUCAGGCCAGAAUCUCGGAUGCUCUCCAGAGCAAAGCCAUCCUGGGUGAACCACGCGGACCAGAAUUCUACGUCACUUUUGAGUUUCAAAGAGACAGCCUUUUCAAGCAGCAUGAGGCAUUGGCAUCCAUUCUUGCCUUCCUCUUCCGCGGGGACUAUACAAAUUCUGAAGACCUACGCAAACUUCAUAAUGUGGCCAAAGCCUGGACACGUCUUGAUUUUAAUUUGAUCCAUUACCUUCCCGCUUUCUCCUCCGCUUUUCGACGCUAUGGCUCGUUAGAAAGUGGUCAGAUUCAAGCUGAUCAGGCUGACUCCUUGAAUUCUGUCCUAAGCACUAUUCCCAAAGAUCAUUCGUCUACAGCUUCUCGCCCUUUCAAUACAGUACUUGUGCUACUGUGGACGGUCGAGUACAGUAGUCGUUUUCGGGACACGCUCGACGACAGAAGUCGAGAUAAACGAGCUGGCGUCGUAAGAACCGCACUACAGGAUGAUGCUCUGGGGUUCUUGCUGCAGAUAUGUAUCACAACAAACGCCGAUGUCUGGAGACAUCCCGCAAGACAGGAAUUGGUCUCCCUACUUCUCAGCGAGACCACUGCGGUUUCUCUGGAUGGUGAUCAAACCUCUACCUACUUUCGAGCCUUACUCAUGGAAUCUCUGGAGAAUUUUGUCGAGGCUUUCAUCACGAACAUGCCGGACUCCAUACGCCGCCUGAAAACAGAGGAGGAUGAUCAGCGACUAAAUCAGUUGAUUGCAGUCCAGGAGGGUUUGCCACUUAAUCACAGUGAUGGAAGCGUAAGCAAGCUCCAUCUCGAAUCUUUCCUCCUUCUCAUCUCCUAUGCAUUUGAGCAGCGGCCUGAUGCUGCCUCCCAAUGGUGGGAGGACUCCGACAAUAAUCUUUACGGUUUUUUGCAAUGGGCAUCUUCAAGGCAGACAGUGCCAAGAGUGAGCGCAUUCUGUGAGCUUUUGUGUUCCAUCUCAGAAGACAAGGAAUGUGCCGAAGCAACACACAAAUUUUUGCUAGACGAGUCAUUGCCAGCCUCCUCCCGCGGCCGAAGAAAUCCUUCAAUGAAUUACAACGAGAUGUUUGAGGUCCUAGAACUCUACGCCAAUAAGGUACACGAACGGGUUACUAUAUCACAAAUCCCGAGUGCAAGGAAGAUAGACCCGACAGACAUGAAUGAAUUGGAAAGUCCAGUCAUGUUAUCCUGCUACCUUCGUCUCUUGGCCCACCUGUGCAAACAGCCGAGCGAGACACGCAGCUUCAUUCUGGAGUCACGGCCAAGCUUCUCACAGUCUCUGCUUAUUCUCAGUUCCGGACCAGUACCCAGUUAUCUGAAGGCCAGCAUAUUUGCCACCUUGGAUGCUUUGCUCACAGACAAAACCCUACAGACCACGACCGAGAUGUGGCAAACUUUGGACACCUGGACAUCAGUUGGACAUGAUGGCCUCCGUGUGCCGGCUACACUCCCAGCUCAACCCCUGAGGCCCACGACUUCUAGAUUGUUGAGUACCCUCAAUUCGAUAGCACUUUCGUUUGACCAGUACGAUACCUUUGUGGUAUUUCUACGUGAUCUAAUAACCCCCAAUCCUUCGACGGGUUCCAGUGCCGACCUCCUUCCAUUUCCAAUCGAUCUCGGCUCGUCCUACCGCGUUCCCGGAAUAGCUCCAUACGUUGAUUUUGUGUGUGGGCAAGUCUUCGUUAAGCGGAUACCGGAGCUGAACGAUGAGACACAGCGCCUGAUUGGAGUCUUUCACUGUUUGGAGUUUAUAGCCACUGGUAUAGAGGGUUUCAAUGAGGAUUAUGUGACAAUGUUGGAUCGUUCUAGUGCCACCAAGCAAUCGCCAUCAGAAUUACCUCCAACUGCUGUCUAUGCUCAACACAGUCCCUUUGCAAGGCUGAUGCAAUGGGUUCUGAGCACGGAUUUGAACAAAUUGAUCAUGGAAUCGUUGCUCGUCGACCCCGAAACGGUAGAAGCAGCCGCUCAGGAGUCGCCUUUGCUGCUAGGUCUCCAGCGUGCCAUUGAUAUUGUCAAUCGGCUUCUUGACCUACAGCCAACGUACUUUGACAUCGUGAAGCCUUUGAACCAAUCUCUUCUCGCAGAGCAACGCAACAUACGAUCAAGCAUUGCCUGUAUUGAGGACUCUAUUGUGGCACAUCCUCAAGUUGUCCUUAAACUGUGCCAGUUCGCUGCGACAAGUCAUUCGGACUUGGCGCUUCGAUCUCUGGCACUUCUCCAGAAACUUUCCAGUUCUGCCAAGCUCAACAAUCACUUUUUGACAGCAGAGAUCGUGCGCGGUCGUUCAACUAGGCUCAUUGAUGCACUUGGUCCGAAUGCGAGCUUCGAGUUGCAGCCAGUGUCAGCGAAUCUAUCUGCAAGACUAGCCGUGGAUAUGCGAGAGCUUGAGGACGGCUUCCAGUCUGUCGGCUACUUGAUCAAAGAUGGUAUCCUAACCUUUUUCAGCGCCUGUCUCGAGACACAACCCGACCUACCGAAUGUUGCACAUGUUCUCCUCGGCUUUGAUCGUCUCGGUGAAACAUUAGCUCUCUCAGAUUCUCUUGAUGAAGGCACGGCAGUUUUCAACACCCUGACCGACUUGAUUCAGAGCUAUCCCAGUGCGGAUGCCGGAGACUUUAUGUCAUGGCUGAUACAUAUACGGACGGUCACCCUUCGCGUACUCAGACAUUUGUGGACCUCACCUUUAUCCAAUGAGAUUGUUAUCGGUCAAUUGCGCCGACUACAGUUUCUGCAGACACAAUACAUUCAACAACCAGUUAUUUCGCCUCAGACCUUAUGGGAUGGGAAUUCGAUUUCACAUCCCCUAUUCUGGUACACCACAUCUGCCGAAGCUCUUGCUGAGUUUUUCGCUUAUCGUGCCUCACUAUAUCACUACUCUGCGACCGAAUUGAGAGCUGCAGCGGCGGGUGAACUAACCAAUACUCUACGAACAGCGUUAUCGACACUUCAAGGCAAAACAACUGAUACCGAUGGCUCGUUGAUCUUGCACGCAGAUAUCUACGCGUUGCUAGACUUCUUGGAGUUGGAUCUGACUGUUACCUUCAACCUCGAUGUCAACUAUUACGACGAUAUUGACUUCAGCAUGUUCAGGAUAGAAAGUGAAGGACCUACAAGUGUCCACGAUCUCAAGUUAGCGCGCGAGUGGUUGAAUGCCGCUAAAACUAGUCGCCUUGAAAGAGUUUCCGAAAAACAGCGUAAUGUGAUUGAAUCACAGCUGAUAACAGAGGCCAACAGCAUUAUCCUUAUCCUAGAAGCUCAAAAUCGCGCCGAUUUUGCCCGGAAGAUGCGGACAGAGACUCUACACGAGUAUGUUGACUUGGUAAUUGCAGUCGUCGAGUGCUGUCCCAUGGACUCGAAUACAACUUCUCAGUUCAUUCUUCGCAUGUUGCAAAUUAUGCUACCCAAGCUUGAUGCGUACAUCGCCGAAGAAUCUUCUGAUGUAUUGGAUCUCGCUAGAGCAGCUGAUGCUUUACUGUUUACCCUCUUUGGAACACCAGAAACUAAUUCUCAUACGGAGGAUAUGAUCACCGAGAAACUGUUUCAACUUUUCAGGGCUUCGAUUGAAGGAAUCCCAGCAUCUCAGACGAGUCCCGCCUUGCGAACGACAUUAUACAGCAUCUGCGUGCAAUAUUUGAGCCGUCUUAUCUCAAACAGUGAUUCAAAUUCUGACGUCAACGCUAGGUCCCGAAAGAAUGCCAUGGAUUGUGUUCGAUCCGCCAGUGCACGUUUAAUCCAGAUAAUAUGCGACGAUGCCGACGAUGGUAUCGACGCCUGCCGCAUAAAUGCAUUCAACCUCCUCGGGCUCCUUACAUCUCUAGCUCGAACCGAGAACUCUUCUUUGGUUAUCAAGUCACUUCUCAAGGCAAACGCGCUUGAAAUCUUCAUCGAUCCUCUGAAAUACAUUGCUGCAGAGUUCAAGGGUGCAGAGCCAGCUAAUCGCCCUCAUCUCCUCUCCGUCUUCGAGGCAAGAAUGCUUGUCCUCUUGCAAAUCUCACGUACCCGUGAGGGUGCCGGUGCGCUUCUCGAUGCAGGAUUGAUGUCCGUGACGCGCGACUCGGCUCUAUUCCAGACCGACCCAGAUCUAGGCAUCGCGAUGCCAUCCAGCAACGGCGAGUCCGCCUCUUCCAGUCUCGCAACCACGGCCCACCACGCUCUGCGUACAUACUACACCCUCGUCGCGUCGACACUCCGGCUACUGCUCUCGGCGUUCAUGUCCCGCGGCCCUCAAAACGAGCAAAUCCAAUACCAGGCUCGUGCAUUUUUGACCGAUUACCGCCCUCACAUGGUUGGUAUCUUCAAGAAAUACGCAGGCGUAACUGGGAAAGUCAAUGAGAAGAGCAUUCCUUACCUUGCUGAGUGUGUGAGGUCUUACACCGGCUUGGUUGCUCUCUGUGGAUUUGUUGAUGUGAGUUUUGAUCAAUCUCCCCGUCCUUUCAUCCCUGGUUGA